AUGUUGCGCUUCCUGUACGAGGAUCCAUGGGAGCGUCUGCGAAAGCUCCGGAAACUUGUGCCAAACAUCCCAUUCCAGAUGCUCCUCCGGAGUACGAACGGGGUCGCUUAUUCUUCUCUCCCCGAUAAUGCUCUCUUUCACUUUGUCAAGCUCGCAAAAGACACAGGAGUCGACAUCUUCCGGGUAUUUGAUAGCCUAAACGACUUGGAGAAUUUGAAAAUCGGCAUCGAUGCUGUUCAUGCGGCCGGCGGACUCGUCGAAGGAGCCGUUAUGUACACUGGUGAUAUGCUGAACCCGAGAAGCAAAUACGAUCUCAAGUACUACAUGGGAGUUGUCGAUUGCCUGGUCGAAUAUGGGUCUCACGUCAUCGCCGUCAAGUCCAUGUCCGGUGUUAUGAAGCCGGCAGCAGGCCGAGCGUUGGUCCGGGCCAUUCGAACCAAGUACCCCGAGAUGCCCAUCCACAUGCACACGCACGACACCAAUGGUGCCGGAGUGGCCACGAUGCUCGCCUGUGUUGAGGAAGGUGCGGAUAUCGUCGACACAGCGGUAGACAGUCUCUCGGGGGCCACGUCCCAGCCCGCAGCCAGUGCCAUGGUCGUGGCGCUGGAGAACUCGGGCUUUGACUCGAGAUUAUCACUCCAUCAGCUCCAAGUAAUUGAUGCCUAUUGGGCACAGCUUCGACUGAUGUACGCGGGAUUCGACGCCGACUUGCGAUCUCCCGACCCAACGGUCUAUAGGCACGAGAUUCCAGGAGGCCAAUACUCGAACCUCAUCUUCCAGGCUCGCCAGAACGGGCUUGGGAACCAGUGGGCCGAGACGCUCAAGGCGUACGAAGAUGCGAAUCACCUCCUCGGUGACAUCAUCAAAGCCACCCCGACGUCGAAAGCCGUUGGAGACCUGGCCCAGUUCAUGGUCGACCGCAAGCUGUCUGCAGUGGACAUACAGCAACGGGCGUCGACGCUAGACUUCCCCAAGUCUGUUGUUGAGUACUUUGAGGGCCUGAUGGGUCGUCCUUUUGAUGGAUUCCCGGAGCCUCUUCGCACCCAUGUGCUUCGCGGCCAGAGGGACGUGGUCAAGAAGAGGCCCGGAUUGACAAUGGACUCGGUCGACUUCGACCGCGUCCGCCGGCACAUUGCUGCCAUGUUCCCCGGAUCUCCUGUAACCGAGUACGAUGUGGCCAGCUACGUGAUGUUUCCGCAGGUCUAUAUGGAAUUUCGACAGGCGCGGCGGAAUUUCGGUGACCUCACCGCGCUCCGCACGCCCGACUUUCUGUCACCUCCGGAGAUAGGCCAAGAAGUACGACUGCCGAAGGGUGGUGACCGGGACGUCAUUGCGGAGAUGGUGGCGAUCCGGCCCCUGGAAAGCGCAACAGGGAUGCGUGAUGUGCUCUUCCGGCUGAACGGAGAGUUCUGCUCAGUAGCUGUUCGAGACGUCAAGGCCACGCCAAGACGAAAGCUGCCAAAGGCCGACGUGCAUGCUGAGGGUGAGGUGGCGGCCCCCAUGGCAGGGGCCGUUGUUCGAGUGAUUGCCCAAGACGGACAAACCGUCAAGGUCGGGCAGACACUAUUGACUGUGGGCGCCAUGAAGAUGGAGGUCAAUGUUAGUUCACCAGUCAGCGGACGGAUCGACACAAUUGCCGCGGUCGCCGGGGACGCGGUGGACAAGGGCGACUUGCUGGUCCGGAUUGCACCAUACGCGGUCAACGGACGGUAG